AUUAGAGAAUUUGCACUACGUGCAUUAUAUACAUUUUUUUGUAAGUUAAUCUCGAUAGCCUCGACAAGAUGCAAAACUCCGGACGCGGUGAAGACCACUUUAACUUUAUCACGAGGACUGACCGAAAAAGUCUGCACACGCAGAUCGGUCUCUUGGUGACCAAGGCGAAGCAGGUGGCCGCAGCCGAGUUGCAGGAACGCAGCCAAAGGCUGAAGAAAAUGUUGGAUGAGGAGGACAAGCGCUAUGAAGAGGAGUUCUCAAAUACUGUGAAGACCCGGAUAGACCAGGACAUCAAGGAGCGGAAGGAGCAUCUGCAUGCCAUCAAAGAACAGGUGGCCAAGCAGCAGAAAAAGUUCCUUGAGGAGAAGCACGUCCAGCAGGUCAUGCUCGACUGCUAUGAGAUUCGGGAGGCACUGCGGCAACAGGAUCUCGUCGAGACUAAGAUUGUUCAGGAGGAGCAAAUUCUGGAGAACCAGCGGAAAAAACGGCGUGAUUGCCAGCAGGAUCUGAAAUGGCUGGAGCUAAAUCGCCGUCGGUGGGCCCAGUUUGACUGCAAUCAGGCAGAGGAAAAGCUUAGACGCCAUCAGAUGCAGGAGCAAGUGAAUCAUGUCCUGUCCAUCCAAGUAGCCGAGCACGAGGAGAAGCGCAAGGAGGUGGAGGCUGAGAAAAAGAAUGAGGAGCGGGUGAUAAAUGCUCUUUUGGAGGAGAUCCGCCUAGAGGAGUUCGAAAAGGAACAUCAGCCCGCUCCACAGGAUCAGCUGGCGUAUCAGGCCGAGCUGCUCAAGGAGAUCGAUCGAAAGCGGUGCGCCCGUCUCGCAGAGUGGGAAGCGGAGAAGGCCGACCACCUUGCUUUCUGCAGGGAGACGCAACGUCUAGAGGCCGAGGCUUAUGUCAGAAUCGCGCAGUCCAAAAAGGACCUUAACCGAGCAACCCUGGAAUACCUGGCCUACCUACGCCGCAUGCAGGCACUCGAACUUGGAAUUGAGAAGAUGAUGGACGAGCGCACCGCUGAUCUCUACCAACUGGACAUGUGCACCAAAGUUAAUAUCACAGAAAGGGUAAGGGUAAAGCGGGAGGCUGCGGAGAAGUGCUACGAAAUCCUACGGAAACAGAUCUGCGAGGACUACGAACGCAGAAUCCGGUCUGAUGCUGAACUUAGGGAGAACAAAAUGAUGGAGAACCGGUUUGUUCAUCCGGAGGUCACUCAUGAAAUGAUUGUGUGCCGGCAGAUACGGUACAAAGCCGAUUUGGAUGCACAAAUCAAAGAGAUGAAGCGUAUCCAAGCAGAAGAGGAGAAAAGAUUCGAGAGUCACUUAAUGGACGCUGUUGAUAAUCCCGUGGUCUGCAAGAGAUUAGCUAAGGAGAUUCUGGAAAAGGGCAUCGACUACCUUGCUCCGCAUCCCAACUGGCGAAUUAUGGCCUGCAAUCCCAAUAAGUACAUUCUCAGACCUCCAACCACCGAGGAGGAGUUCAAUGCCAGAGUAGCUGGUGCCAGUGUAGACAAGUGUCCCUGCCCCAAAGCAGCGCGAAAGCACUGUGGCUUCAUGGCCGAGGUGGGAAAUCUGGAUGUACCUCCCGAGGGUGCAAAGACUGAUGUGGCCGAAGGUGCGAUUCAGCCCGCACAGAAACCACAAAAAUCUGGAUUCCGAAACUGCCGCUGUAAAUUCUAUUAGUUAUUCACUAUGAAAUAUUUUCAAAUCGUUAUGAAAUUGUGUUGGAAGUUAAAAUCUGAAGGCUAUCGAAACUAAAAAUGUCAGAAUAAAUACACCCUAAACUC